GGUCCAUUGCUUCAAUAGAACUGUAUGAUUAUUGAAUCAAAUAUUUCAAAUUUAAUUGAUAAAAGGUUUUAAGUAAAAUGUAGGAAGUAUAUACAAAGGAUGAAAGGACAAAGCCCACGAUGUAAAUAAGUCAGGGCUCAACGGUUUUAUGUUAAAUAAUAUGACAUGUUUAUAACAACAAAAUGUAUAUAAAAUAAUUUGUGAAUUAUUAUGAUGUGUUUUGGCAUUUCACCAGCCAACCAGGUUAGCUUUCUCAUCAACUGCGUAUGACAUCGCAUUUUUUUUUACUUAUGUGCUUUGUGAAUUUCAUUGGAUUAUUCGAUUUCGAGAAGGGGGAUUAAUACUAAUUGUGGUGUGAGUUGUAGCCAAGUUUUUCAAGGAUUCCAAAGUUUACAAUUGAGAUUUAAGUGAUUGUGAAUUAUGUUAUAGUGAUGACCAUGGAUUAUACAGUUUAUUAUAUUUGGAUUACAUGUUUAAUUACUUCAGUUUUUGCUGUGCAAGAAUUUACUGUUACCCCACAAGAUAAAAGAGUUGUUCAGGGAACCAGUGUUACAUUUGAAUGUAAAGUGAAAAACCAAGUUGGAAGAAUUCAGUGGAUAUUUAAUGGAGAACCUUUAGGAUUUAAUCCCAGCAUUCCUGCCUUUGCCCGAUAUUCUGUCAUUACCAACACAGAUGGGGAUAUUAAUGAGUUUAAUUUACAUAUUGUCAAUACUCAGUUGUCAGAUGAUGGAACCUUUGAAUGCCAGGUUUUACCAAAUGAUGACAAUCCUCCACUCAGAGCUAGUGCUACCCUGACAAUACUAGUUCCACCAGACAUUGUCGAGAUCGAUGGUUACAGUAAUGGUACAAAAGUGGAUGUGAAUGAAUCCACUCCGUUACUUCAGUUAACUUGCCACGCUAAGAAUGCCAGACCUGGUGCCGGGAUAGAAUGGUAUAAAAAUGGCCGACCUGUUACCACUAAUAUUGUUAAUACUACUGAACCUAUACCUGGUGAUAAAAGGGAGAAUACUAAAAGUGUUAUAUCCAUACGAGGAGAUCUCAGGAACGAGCAACAGGGAGCAGUAUACACAUGUCGAGCUACACAUGAAGCUAUUACAAUUACAACAUUACAGACUAUGGUUACACUUAAUAUUCUUUAUCCACCAGCCAUCCCUAUUAUAACAGGGUACCAGUCAAAAAGUCCUGUAAGAGCCAAGGAUACAGUUCGUAUGAUAUGUGAGUCUGUAGGAGGGAACCCUGCUCCUCAAGUUGUUUGGUUCAAGAAUGAUAAGAAGCUAGAUUAUUCCUUUAGUAUUGGUCAUGGUAAAUCUACAAAUGAGUUGACAUUUACUGCUGAUCCGUUAGACAAUGAUGCUAUUUAUAGAUGUGAAUCAUCCAAUCAGGCAACACAGAUACCUCUGACAACACAAGUCACUCUUGUUGUCCAUUUUCCUCCAAAGUCAGUGACCAUCACAGGUCAGAAGUUAGGGAAGGCAGGAGAGCAGAUUCAGCUCCAAUGUACAUCCUCGAAUACUAACCCUCCAACUAAUCUAGCAUGGCUGUCUAAAGGACUGACUGUGGCUGGGGCUAAUGAACAGGUUGAAGCUUCUGACCAGGGAGGAUACAUAACUACAUCAACCUUAACUGUUACCCUAACAAACCAGGAGCCUACUGUGUUAUUUAUGUGCCAGGCAGCUAACUACAGUACUGUGGUCAGCACCAUAGAACUAAGCGUUUUGUACCCCCCAGGAAGACCUGCUAUAGAGGGUUAUAACCCCAAUGAUUAUGUUGCAGCAGGCUCUGCCAAAAGUCUGAAGUGUGUUUCCAGUGGUGGAAAUCCAACUGCCACUCUAAAGUGGUUCAAAGGUAGUGAGGAAUUGACCUCUGAACCUCAGGUGAAUGUAGGCAAUGUGGUGACAUCAGAUUUGAUAUAUGUUCCAAAACCUUCAGAUAACCAAGCAGAAAUUAAAUGUACAGCAUCAAAUGAAGCUACAUCUGUUCCUUUGGAAAGAAAAGUGACUGUUACUGUAUAUUUUCCACCCAUGUCAGUUAAUAUCACGUUUUCACCACCUGAACCAAAAUCUGGCCAAGUUUUACGCCUGACAUGUAUCUCUGGACCAAGUAACCCUGCAGCUUCCAUUAUAUGGGUAAAGAGUGGUACAAGGAUGAGAGGUACUAACCAGGGGAAUACUCCUUCAGAACAUGGUGGAUAUACAACAACUAAUAUUCUAGAGAUAGCUAGUCCUUCAUAUGAUGAUCAUGGAGCUGCCUUUUUCUGUGAAGCUAAAAAUCUGGUUCUGGACAAAGGAUGGUCAGAUGCUGUCACACUCAAUGUUAAAUUUAAACCAGUAUUUAAUGCCUAUGCUACCCAUCACAUAGAAAUAGUAGAAGGACAGAGUGCAACCUUGAACAUGACAGCCUUGGGAAAUCCAAUUGACAUUACUUACAGUUUAUACAAGGAUGGUAUUGAGGCUUCUUCCUCAGCUGUUGACAUCAGUAAUGGGAUACUGGAACUGUCAAGUAUUGAUAGAAGUGACUCUGGUUCCUUCUCACUAAAGUCAAAAAACACUCAAGGGGCAACAUAUCAUAACUUUACUAUUAAUGUUACAUAUCCUGCCUCUAUUAGCACUAUUACAGAAGAAGUAAGUAAAGGUAUUGGUGGAAUAGCUUAUUUUGAAUGUGAAGCUGCUGCCAAUCCAUUGGUCCCUAACAUGAUCACAUGGUCUAGACAAGGUUUUGACAUGACUAAGACUAAGCAGACAUAUGACUCCUCUGGUAAAAGUUACCUGACAGUAACUGAGCUAGCCAAAGAGGAUUCUGGGAUGUUUACAUGCACAGCAGACAACAGAAUUGGUUCUCCAUCAACCAAAGAGGCCAAACUUAUUGUUGUUUUUGAUCCUAAGAUAAAUAAGUCACCACAGUAUGCUAAGGCAGCAGGGGAUCAAGGAGACACAAUUGAAUUGAUGUGUAAAGCUGAGGGAUCACCAGAAGUCCAUUUCAAAUGGAAAAAGGACAAUAAAGAAAUUUCUAAUGGAGGCCAGUUUCAAGUUUACAGUAAAUUUCUAGAAGGUAACCUCUAUCAAGGAGAACUUAAGAUAGUGAAUGUUCAGAAAGAUAACUAUGGAAGUUACAUAUGUGAAGUGGCCAAUAAAAAUAUGACAGUAACGGACAUGUUUACAAUAAAUGUUGAUGGAACCAGUAUUCCUGAUGCUCCAUAUGACUUAAAGUUCAUCAACUCUACACACGACAGUAUAACAGUCGCAUGGAAACCAGGAUUUAAUGGAGGACUAACACAGACAUUUAUAGUCAUAAUACGUAAAUCUAACAUGAAUACUAAGACAACUAUAGAGCUUAAAGAGGAGGAUGGUACUAUCUAUUCAAUCAGAGGUUUAGAAAGAGCUACAGAAUACACAAUUGUAGUAAAGGCCAAGAAUGAUCAUGGACCAGCAUCAUCUUCUCCUGUACCUAUAAAAGCCAAGACUUUGUUAUCUGCACAGGAAGGAGAUAAUCAGCUAGCACAGUCAGACGAUGAUGACAUGCCAGUGAUAAUUAUACUGGUUGUCUGUAUUGUUGGGAUCUUUCUACUGGCUCUUAAUAUUGGACUGAUACUGUUCUUUGUAAGGAAAAGGAAAAAGAGAUUAGAAAGUAACAGUGAUACCACUAGUCAUACCAAUACUAUAGAGUUAUAUGGACCAAAUAAGGAAGCAACCCUGUAUCCAAUGACUCCGUCAGAUGAUGGUAGGAGUUAUGGAACUUAUGAGAAGAAUAUGGAUGGAUUUUCUGAUGAUUACAGUAAUUAUGAGCAAAAUGAUGGGAAAAGUACAAGUACAAACAGUUCCCAUUGUAAUUGUUACCAGAUCAAGGUCGGAGUAAGAUCAAGUGUACGAGGGAUAAAGGGAAACUGUUGUCUUCCACACGACUCAUCAGGGGAUGAAGAUGUGAAGCGUGUUUUCCUGCCUCCUCCGGCUUAUCAAAGUAGGUCGUACACACCCAGUAAAUCUGAUUCUCCAAUGAUGAACCAUAAAACAUUCCUUUCUGAUUCAAGAACCUAUUUAGAUGACCCAGACAGACAACAAUGGCGAUAUGAAGAACCAUAUAAGAAUAACAGUCGAGGUAAAGGUACAUUUGAUGACUAUAUAGACAAUGGCUAUGAUGAUGAUACUCGACCAAAAAGUACAACAGAUUUUUCUGACAGGUCAAGUCGGACAACAUCCAGUAGUAGACUGGGAGGUAAAACUCCACCCCCUCAGCCUCCAAUCAGAUCAUCAAGUAAAGGUGCUACAAAUCAUUAUUGUCAAUCACCAGUUCCACCGCUACCAGCUAGAAACUAUGACUUGGAGGAGUUACCUCCACCUUUUGAGGAUGAACGAUAUGUUCGAGCCCCAGGAGAGAAUUAUUCCACAAAUAUUAUACCAAAUCCUUCAUAUAAUGGACCAAUAUCUAGAGCCCCAUCUCGGACAUACCAAGAAGAUGAUAUGAGGGGCCAUCUUGUAUAGCAGUCUGUCUGUGAUUCUUGCCUUUGUGAUGUAGUUCUGGUAUUUUUAGAACCAGCAUAUUAUGUACAAGAAUCAUUCCAAAAAUCAUCUCAACAUUAUACACUUCAAAACAUUAACUUGGAUUUCUACAUUUAUAAAGUAAGAUCUGAGGUUACUGUAUUAUACAGAUCUUGAUUUGCAACAGAAUUAGCUUGAUGAUAAUAACAGAAUAAACUUCUAUUGUAAACAGAGCUUGGUUGUUCAAAGAAUUAUUACAAUGAUAAUUACAGAAGAAACAAUAUAUCGACCAGUAUUAAAGACUAUGGACUGUGAUUAUAGUGUUCAAUAAGUACUGUGAAAUAUUUUCACCAUCUCAUCAGACAAUAUUUCCUAUAUUAUUAUAUGGGUACCAUAUAAGGAGUUAUUAUACUGAUUUAAGACUGAACUCACUGCCAUCAGUAUAACCAUCACCAUUAUCAACAUUAUUAUGGUGCUAUGCAUUGGCUUUAUUUUUUUAUCUUUGUGAUGAGAGUUUAUUAUGCAUUGUUUAUUAGGUUUUUGUGUAAUUAACAAUUUGUUAUAUAUGUCCUUAGUCUAUCACUUCAUAUCACAUUAUCCAUUAGGUUUCAGAUGAUUUUUAAAUCUUUGAAUAUUGCAUAGCACCUCAUUAAUGAUCUUGCUGUCACUCUUCAGGUUACUCUCCUGAUGAAGAGUAGCAAUAAGACCAUUAUUUCAUUGAUAUGCUAUGAAAUUGUCUCCUUUAUACAAACUGUUGUGUGUCCUAUCACGUCAUGAUAUUUUUGUCCUUUUUAUACCCACCUUGUCAUAUGUAUACCCACCUUAUUAUUUACCUUAGUCGAAUCAUGUUUAUAACAUAUCAUUUGAUGAGUGCUUAAAAGAUUCUGUUAAAGUUAUUAUAUUAAGUAUCAUUAUUCAAACAAUUUGGUCACUUGAUUCUUUUGAAUGUUGAAUUGCUUUUAACUAUAUUAGAUUUGUUACUGUUUGAAUGAAUAAUUUGUUUCAUACUUGUCAUUUAUUUUUAUACGACCGAAAAAAAUUCACAUUUAUAUAUUGCUAUCAUGUCUUCGUUGUCGUCGUCGUCCGAAGACAUUUGGUUUCCAGACAAAAACUUUAGAAUAAGUGAAUGGAUCUCUAUGAAAUUUAAGCACAAGGUUCAAUAGCAUAAAAGGAAGGUUAGUAUUAAUUUUGGGGGUUAUGGUCCCAACUGUUUAGGAAUUAGGGGUCAAAAAGGGGCCAAAAAAGGAACAAUGGUUUUCUGGUUUCCGGACAAAUACUUAGGUAUCAGUCAAUGGAUCUCUAUGAAAUUGUACCACAAGGUUCCAAACCACUCACAGAAGGUUGGAGUCUAUUUUGUGGGUUGUGGCUUUAAUCGUUAAGAAACUAGAGGCCAAAUAGGGGCCAAAAACAAGACUUUUCUAAUACUGGCUGAGCUGGUUCUAACAUAAUUAUUUCUGAACUAUAUAAAGAAACAACAAAUACUGAUAUGGCAGGAGAUACACACCAAACAGGGUGUGUAAAUUAUUAUAUUUAGUUUGUAAACAGAUUUACUAAGUAUUGCGCAACAGCAAAGUAUUGCACAACAGCAAGAAAUCUUCAAUUGAAAAUAAAUACAAAUCUUUUAACCAAUUUCAAUGAGGAUUAAUUUAAAGUCUUGAAUUGUUUGAGGUUUUUACCAUGUAUUACUAUAUUGGAUAUUUGGACAUUUUAAAUAGGUCUACAUUGAGGUCCAAAGGGUUCAAAAUUAGACUUUGUUUGAUUUCAUCAAAAACUGAAUUCUUGUGGUUCUAUGAUAUGCUGAAUCUAACUGUGCAUUCAUAUUUUUAAUUUUGGGCCCUGUUUUCAAAUAAGGCCAUAUUAAGGUCCAAAGGGUCUAAAAUUAAACUUUGUUUGAAUUCAUGUUUUUUUUUUCAUAUGCUGAAUCUAACCAUGGAAUUAGUUUUUGGAUAUUGGACCAUUAACUAGAUUAAAUGUCCCAUUUAAAAUUUUUAAGUUAUCAGACCACAUUUAUUCUGCGUCAGAAAUCUAUAAAGUGUCAAAUAUUUUAUCACUAUCCAAAUUCAGAGCUGUAUCAAGCUUGAAUAUUGUGUCCAUACUUGCCCUAACUGUUCAGAGUUCGACCUCUGUGGUCGUAUCCAGUUGCUCUAGGUGGAGCACAUUUUUGAAUUAUAGACAAAAUUUGGAAUAUAAGUUUUUGAAUUCUUUAAAUGGUUUUAAUGAUUUAAAUACAUCCAAUUUUUUUCCUUGAAUAUUUUUUUUAAAACAGAGAUAUAUUUUAUUAUUGUUUGAUGCAUCUGUUAUUAUUAUAAUACUGAAAGAUGAAAGGAUCAAUUGUUCUCCAUUUUUUGUUUUUUGUUGUAGUACAUUUUUUGUUCUUUUUUUAUCAGCAAUAUAAGAUUUUUUUAUUAUCAAUUUCAUUUGAAGCUUUAAUUCACAGCAAGGUUUUAGUGCAAUUUUCUAUAUUUAAGCUUGUUUUUAAAGUUAAUUUUUUAACUCUUAUAUUCAACACAUAUCAUCACAUAGUCAUAUCUUCAAAUUAUCCCCAAAUUAUCAUCAGACCAUUUAUUUUACAUUUUUAUAUUUUUUAAAAUCUUAGAUAAUAAAAUAAUAAAAUUUUGACAGAAGUUUGUUGUCUUUACAUGAGUAAUAGUUAUUUGUAGAUUAUAAUGAUUUAUUCAUCAAAUAUUACUGUUUCUUGAAGAGAAAUAAAAAAUUGAAUUUCUAGGAUUUUAUAUUAAUGUUUUGAGUUUUUUGUCCAUUUUGAUCCUAGCUUUAUUUUAUUGUUGAAAGCCUUACAUUUAUUUUUAAUUGUAUGUUCUGCAUAUCUCUACUAUAUAAGGAGCAGCACAAUGAGUGUUGGUGUAAAGAAUAAAUAUUUAGCUCUCAGAUUAAUGUGAGCAUUUCCCUACCCUGAUUUAAGUCACUUGAUGUAUUUAGAAAAUACAACUUAACUGUCUUAUUUUUAAUAGUUUUUAAAUGUGUUUUAUGACUAGCUGUUGUUAAAAUGCAUCAAAAUAAUAGAAUUUAUGUGUUUUAUGAGUAGCAGUUGUUUAAGUGCGUCAGAGUGAUCAAUAGAAUGUGUUUGCUUUAUGAGAGGCAGUUUUAUAAGUGUAAAGAAUGUUUGAUAGGAUUGGAAUAAUUAGUAGUCCUGUUUUUGAAAAUUUCUUUUUUAUUCUUUCUUUGCAAAGGUGCAUUAUUAUAUCUGUUAUUGAUGAAGUUAAGAAACUGAAUUUAUAUGGGAAAAGAAAUAUUUUUAUUUGACAGUUAAAGACUAUAAUAGAAUAUUUAAAUUAAUUUCAUUUCUUAGGUUAAUAGCUGAAUGAAUGCAUGUGAUUUCAACAAAGUGUUACAUUUUACAAAUUAAUAUUAAAGUUCUUAAACAAUAGAA